AUGUAUUUCCCGUCUUUCGGCGGAUCGCCCGCAGUUCCUUCGGCGGCGAUUCCAAAUGCUGUUCCAAAGAAGGGCGAAGAAGGCGAAAACAUCACUGGAAAAUUUGACCCAACUGCCUUAGAGCGCGGUGCAAAGGCUCUAAAACAACUGGACAGCAGCCCCAAUGCGGCACGGGCUUUCGAAGUGAUAAAACUGCAGGAGAUGACAAAGCAGAAAGAACUCCAAAAGGAGAUGGAACAGAUUGCUGCUGCUCGGGCCCAAGCACAAGCAGAGAGAUCUCGAACAGAAGGCGAAGAGAGACGAAAGACAAUAGAUCACCAGCAGGAACAAGAAAGGGUCACUGCGCAGUACAAAGCAAAGCUCGAAGCGGAGGCGUAUCAGAAGAAGCUGCAAGACCAGCAACGGCAAAAUGAAGAGUGGCUACGACAACAACACCAACAGUUCCUAAGACAGGAGGAACAACGAAAGAAGACAGAAGCUGAAAUGCUAGAAAUGCGGCGUCAGCAAAUGCGAGAGGAAAAGGCUUUAGAACAGAAGUUGCAGGCCGAAAGAAUUCGGGAAGAGGCGAAAGCCAAAAUCAUGCAAGAGAGAGAAAAUAUAGACGUGCACCUUAGGACUCUGCGGGCAAAAGCAGCUGAGGACAGGAAGACGAAGUUGGAAAGCUUACAAAUGACAUUUAGUUCAAUAGGCGGUGCCUUUUCUCGGCUAAUGGCCGAUAAGACUCAGUUGACAACUUUGGUUGGAAGUAUCACUGCCUUAGCUGCCGGCAUUUACGGCGCAAGAGCCGCUGCCAGCUUAGGGGCCCGUUACUUUGAGACGCGAAUGGGGAAACCCCCACUUGUUAGGGAGACUUCUCGUUGGAUAUUAACUCGCUCAUUCUUUUCGCCCUUGCGUUUCCUCCGUGGAGGAACUCCUUCUGCUUCUGCUGCCCUUGGGGAACGGCUGGCCAGGGCCUCUGGCAUGGACUAUGCAAUCAUGACGGGCGGGGACGUGGGUCCACUGGGUCGCGAUGGCGCGGCGGAGAUAAACAAGUUGUUUGCAUGGGCAGAAAAGAGCAAGAAAGGUUUAAUUCUUUUUAUUGAUGAAGCAGACGCCUUCUUGAGGCAAGGUAGAGGGGUACUGGCACAGGCCGCCACCGAAGGAAUGAGCGAGGACAGCAGAAAUGCGCUUUCAGCUUUUCUGCAUCACACAGGAACAGAAACAAACAAAUUCUGCAUUGUGCUCGCCACCAAUUGCAAAGAAAUACUAGACAAGGCUGUGCUGGAUCGCGUCGAUGAACAAUUUGAAUUUCCUUUGCCUGCGGCAGCAGAGAGGCUGCGAAUGUUGCAGCAAUUUAUGCAGCGUUAUUUAGGUUAUGAGGUGCAAGAAGAAAAGGAAGGAGAAAAAGAACAAACAAAUAAGGAAAUAAGUAAACAACAAGCACAAGAUAAUAAACAAAAGAAACAAAAAGAUAUUCAUCUUGUUAUAGACAAACAAAUCAACGAAGAUUACCUAAAAACCUUAGCAGAAAGGACUGACGGAUUCUCAGGCAGACAACUUGCUAAGCUAGUGUUAGCAAUGCAGGCUGCAGCCUUUGGCUCGG